UAAUUCUCAUCAAACUUCCUAACAAACAACAUCUUAAAUAUUUCAACCUCUAUUUGUAGCCAUGUCUUGUGUUUGUGUGUGAGUAGUAGUACUAGUCCCAGAGAAAGAGAAGAAGAUGGGAAGAGGAAGAGUGCAGUUGAAGAGAAUAGAGAACAAGAUCAACAGACAAGUGACCUUCUCCAAGCGCAGAUCAGGUUUGCUAAAGAAAGCACAUGAAAUCUCAGUCUUGUGUGAUGCUGAAGUUGCUCUUAUUGUCUUCUCCACUAAAGGAAAGCUCUAUGAAUACUCAAGUGACUCCAGUAUGGAAAGAAUCAUUGAACGUUAUGAGCAUUACUCAUAUGCAGAAAAGGCUCUCUCAAUGACAGAACCUGAUUCACAGGGAGAUUGGUUCCUUGAAUAUGGUAAGCUGAAGGCCAAGAUAGAGAUUAUCCAAAAAAGUCAAAGGCAUCUCAUGGGAGAUCAACUUGAUACAUUGGGUAUAAAACAACUCCAACAUCUAGAACAACAGCUUGAGAAUUCCUUGAAGCAUAUUAGAUCAAGAAAGAGCCAUCUUCUAUCAGAUUCGAUAGCCGAUCUUCAAAAGAAGGAGAAGUUACUAAUGGAGCAAAACAAACUUCUUGAAAAUGAGGUCAUGGAGAAGGAGAAAGCAAGAGCAAUGGCAGAGCAAACACAAUGGGAGCAGCAAAAUCAAGCACAACAAACAACAAGCUGUUCUUCAGCACCUUCAUUCCUUAUAACAACGGACUCACUUCCCACCCUAAACAUUGGGUAUCUACAAACUUCUUCUUCUUCUAAUGCACAUACGAAUUAAUUUUCAAGGGAGAGCAAAUGAAGAAGAACAGGAAGGACAAAGGAAUCAGGUUCAGAUUGCCAGUAGUAGCCUUUUGCCUCCAUGGAUGCUUCGUCCUCAAUGAAGGAUAAGAUCAAUACAUGAUCUAUAUCCACCUAUCUAUCUCUUUAUAUAUAUAUAUAUAUAUAUAUGUAUCAUGUGUGUGUAUUGACAUAAAUUCAAGUAUUUUGUCUCUAGAAGUUUGUUUGUACUGAUACUGUUUUGUCUAUCUUCAGAGUUAUAUAUAUUUUCUAUUUAAAUA